AUGUCGCAGACGCCAGCGAACACGGACUCUGGACUCGGUCGGCUUGGCACACUUCCAGGCGAGCUUAGGAACGAGAUCUACGAGUACGCACUCAUCGAUGACUGCGUCGCUUUCGAAUGCUACCAGCCUGAAGAUGCCACCAUUCGCGUUCGCCCUCGCCGAGAAGGUGCAAAUAAUGCGGCGACCGGGUUAGGAACCUUUAGAAGCCUAUGUCUCACGAGCUCUUCGGUCGCCGUCGAGGCUUGA